GCCAUGGCUGGGUGGAGCUGCCUUGUGACCGGCGCUGGAGGCUUUCUGGGACAGAGGAUCAUCCACUUGUUGGUGGAGGAGAAAGAGCUGCAGGAGAUCCGAGUGCUGGACAGAGUUUUCAGACCCAAGCUGCGGGAGGAAUUUUCUAAGCUGCAGAGCAAGGUCAAGCUGACCUUGCUGGAAGGAGACAUUCUGGACGAACAGUUCAUGAAGAGAGCCUGCCAGGGCACCUCAGCAGUCAUUCAUGCCGCCUCUGUCAUUGACAUCCUUAAUGUCAUUCCACGAGAGAUCACGAUGAAUGUCAAUCUGAAAGGUACCCAGAUCCUGCUGGAGGCCUGUACCCAGGCCAGCGUGCCGAUCUUCAUUUAUACCAGCACCAUAGAGGUGGCUGGGCCCAACUCCUACAGGGAGAUCGUCCAGAAUGCCCGUGAAGAAGAGCACCUGGAAACGACGUGGUCCGCUGCAUACCCAUACAGCAAAAAGCUUGCCGAGAGGGCUGUGCUGGCAGCCAAUGGGUGGGCUCUUAAAGAUGGUGGCACCUUGUACACUUGUGCCUUAAGGCCCACGUAUAUCUAUGGGGAAGGAAGCCCCUUUCUCUAUGGCUUUAUUGACCGGGCCCUGAAGAACAAUGGCAUCCUGCCACACAACAGCAAGCUCUCCAUUGUCAACCCCGUCUACGUCGGCAAUGUGGCCUGGGCCCACAUUCUGGCUCUGAGGGCCCUGCAGGACCCUGAGAAAGCCCCCAAAAUCCAAGGACAGUUCUACUACAUCUCAGAUGACACCCCUCACCAAAGCUACGAUCACCUCAAUUACAAUUUGAGCAAAGAGUGGGGCUUCUGCCUUGAUUCCAGAAUGAGCCUUCCUAUAUGGCUGAGGUACUGGCUUGGCUUCCUGCUGGAAAUAGUGAGCUUCCUGCUCAGUCCAUUUUACAGGUAUCAGCCUCCCUUCAACCGCCACUUAGUGACCUUGUUGAAUAGUGUGUUCACUUUCUCCUACAAGAAGGCUCAGCGAGAUCUGGGGUAUGAGCCACUCUUCAGCUGGGAGAAAGCCAAGCAGAAAACCACGGCGUGGGUCGGCUCCCUGGUGGAGCAGCACAAGCAAGGCCUGAAAACAAAGACUCACUGA